GCUCCCCACUCGGGUUGGCCUCUUCUGCCAACCUCAGCUCUGAACCCUCGGUCCGAGCUCUCCCCUGCGCCCACUUCUGCCAACCUCAGCUCCGAACCCUCGGUUCGAGCUCCCCUGCACCAGCCGUUUCGUCCGAGCCCCUCAAGCCCUCUGUUCGAGCUCCCCUAUGACGAACCGCCUCGUCUGAGCCCUUCAACCUGCUCGGCAUCUUCAAUCUGACGAUCAGCUCGGACCCCUUCUGUUCGAGCUCCCCUGUAGCGAACCACCUCAUCCGAGCCCUUCGAUCUGCUCGGAUUCCCUUCUGGUCGGUAUCUCCGACCUUAUUCAUGACGGUGACGGGGAGAACUUGCUCGCUCGAAUAGCUGAAAUGUACGGAUCCGAACAAGCCGCCGACGAUACAGAGAGGACCGCUUUCAGAAGUGCAGAGAAGAAGUACAAGCUCUACUACGACCUCCAUUCCAAAAAGAAAAAACAGCCGAAGAAAGUCGACCUGUCGGAGGUGAUCGAUUUCAAGUCAAUUCUUGAGACGUUCGAUCGAAACGGUGAACUUCCUCCGGGGGUAAUCGUUCCUCCUUGCGAUUUGGGUCGUCCUUUGUUCUGCUUGGAGAGUCGUCCUGGGUUCUAUUUCAUUCCUGGAGCAUUGAGUAUUGAGGAACAAUGUCAGUGGAUAAGGGAGAGCUUAACAAGUUUCCCACAGCCUCCAAACAGAACAAAUCAUAAUGCGAUUUAUGGGCCUAUACGCAGCUUGUUCAAUGAAGCAAAGGAACAGAAAGUCUUGGUUGCAGACCUGGAUACUGGAUUUAAUUCUUGUAUUGGCAGCACGGAUGCUUGUAAAUGGCAAUUUUGUGAUGAAUCAGUUGCAUCGUCCAAGGGAAAGUCAUGCAAAUCAAUUUCAGCAUCUGUUCUUCUGCGAAAGUUACGGUGGAGUACCCUUGGCCUACAAUUUGACUGGUCCAAGCGGAACUAUGACGUAUCUCUUCCACAUAAUAAGAUCCCCGAUGCACUUUGUGAACUGGCUAAAAGAAUGGCAGCUCCUGCAAUGCCUGUGGAGGAUGAAUUCAAGCCGGAAGCUGCAAUUGUGAACUACUUUGGGAUAGGUGAUAGUCUUGGGGGCCAUCUCGAUGACAUGGAAGCGGAUUGGAGUAAGCCGAUAGUAAGCAUGAGUCUGGGCUGCAAAGCUAUUUUCCUUUUGGGAGGAAAGUCCAGAGAGGAUCCGCCAUUAGGGAUGUUCCUUCGAAGUGGUGAUGUUGUACUUAUGGCUGGAGAGGCAAGGGAAUGCUUUCAUGGGGUUCCCCGGAUCUUCGCCGACAAAGAUAAUGCUGAGAUUACUCCUAUUGAACUGCAGUUUUCACAUGAAGAUGAUGUCUGUUUCUUGGAAUACAUUAGAACAUCCAGAAUCAACAUCAAUAUCAGACAAGUCUUUUGACCCCCUCUCUAGGAUUUUGCAAGAAUUUGAAUGAAACACAGUAGAAAACCAAAUUCACGUUCAUCUAAUUUAUUCAAAUUCAAUUCCCAGAUUCAACAUAGGUGUAUUUUUUCAAUAAUCCUAAUUUUGGAUUUUAUUUUAUUGUUUAUGUCAGACUAUAAACAGUGGGAUAGUCGAGUUUAACUUGGAACUUGUACAACUUUAUCUGUGGAACCCAAGUACAAAUCGGUUUAUUAAGCUUGAUUUGAGUAUAAAAUAUAUUAAUUCAA